UUUAUCGACAUUCGUUUUCUGUCAUCAGGUGAUAGGGAUUGGGAGUAAAAUUCCUGAAAAAGGAUUUACGCUAAGAUUCAACUAAAUCGCCAUGUCUGGAAAAGAUAGAUUAGCUAUUUUCCCUUCCCGGGGUGCUCAAAUGUUAAUAAAGGGCCGAUUGGCUGGAGCACAGAAAGGCCAUGGUCUCCUGAAGAAGAAGGCUGAUGCUCUACAAGUUAGGUUCCGUUUGAUUUUGAGUAAAAUUAUUGAGACGAAAACCCUUAUGGGUGAGGUGAUGAAGGAAGCUGCAUUCUCUCUCGCUGAAGCCAAGUUUACUACGGGUGAUUUCAACCAGGUUGUCUUGCAAAAUGUCACUAAAGCUCAGAUCAAAAUUCGCUCCAAGAAGGACAAUGUUGCUGGUGUUACUCUCCCGAUUUUUGAGUCCUACCAAGAUGGCUCGGACACAUAUGAGUUGGCUGGUCUUGCUCGAGGUGGUCAACAACUAUCCAAGUUGAAGAAGAACUUCCAGAGCGCUGUCAAGUUGCUUGUUGAACUUGCUUCUUUGCAGACCUCAUUUGUUACUCUCGAUGAGGUUAUCAAGAUUACUAAUAGACGUGUCAAUGCUAUUGAGCAUGUGAUCAUCCCUCGCUUGGAGCGCACGCUGGCGUACAUCAUCUCUGAGCUUGACGAGCUGGAGCGUGAGGAGUUCUAUCGGCUGAAGAAGAUUCAAGACAAGAAGAAGAUUAUCAAGGACAAGGCGGAAGCUGCAAAGCAAGCCAUGUUGGGCGCAGGAAGAGACGUAGGCGACAUCGCAAACUUGCUCGAUGAAGGUGAUGAAGAUUUGCUCUUCUAAAUAAAAAAACCGAGCAAACAUAGAACUGUAAGCCGUAGUAGUGAAGUCAAGUGAAAGCGCAGUCAAAGUUGGAGCCAAUGUUUGUACCAAUGACACAUUGGCUUAAUUGUAUCGCAAACAUUUCUUACAAAAUCCCUUUGACUGAAGCAAUUUUUAUGAUAUUACAGUGUUCAAUUCUCUGUACAUAAUUUGUUGACAUUGAUAGUUACUCAUGUUAUAAUAUACCUUAUUACGUAGUGAUUACGGUUCAAAACGCUUUAACCGUCAUUGGCUUUUCUUUAUCACUGCAAGCAUUCCAACAAAUCUUGUUAGUUUUUAAUAAGCCCAAGUGUUAUUUAAAUGUAUUAAAUGUUCAAAAACAAAAUGUUGCCGCUUGUAUUACUUUCUGACCCCAUGGGUCAAAAGACCGCAGCUUCCAAUAAGUUCUUAGGAACAAAUACUAAUAAAAAAGUACAUCCAAUACAGUAUUUAUGUUUUUUGAAUUGUUAUUUGAUUGUAGAUCAAUAUAUUUUAAGUAAGCAUCAUGUAAAUACAAGUUUGUGAAACAAAAUAUAUUAUUAUUAUUGAA